CCUCACGGUGAGGCUAACUGUCUACCUCUGGUAGCUGACAGAAGUGGUAUCGAUACAAACACCAUGCAUUAUGUCAGUCACUUUAAGUCACUUCUGGGAUUUUGGAAUCGAUUAAUGUGUGGAAGAUAGUGCCUUCAGCGCAAAGAGACAUUUAUAUCAAGCUCAAAGUUUACUGUCGACGAGACCAGCAUUUUAAUAUUAAUGAAACCUAGCUGCAAGCUAACGGCUAGCUAACGUUAUCUAACCUGCUACUUGGCUAACUUAUAAACAGCGUCGGAACAACCAAGUGAAGACUUAAAGUCACGCACCGACCAACGAUUUCAGAGGAUCGUUAAAUCUUCCUGUUGCUUUCAAAACUGCAAGCUCCACGUCCAGCUCCAGCUCAGAUCACCUGGCGUUACGGCUGUGGUGUUUGAAUUCAUGAGCACGGUCAGUCACAGCCGAGUAUAGUCCUCGGGAAUGGGGAGUGGAGUUCAGGAACAGCGGGCAUCACUUGCAAAGGGAGAAGUGCUGCCCCUGGCUUCAUCCAGUCAGUCUGAAGACCUGAAGCAGACUCGCUCUGUUCUCAAUUCCCUCUUCUCAGGGGCCUUAGCAGGAGCGGUGGCCAAGACAGCUGUUGCCCCUUUGGACAGAACUAAAAUCAUCUUUCAGGUGUCUUCAGCGAGGUUUUCUGCCAAGGAGGCCUACAGGUUGAUCUACCGCACAUACCUGAAGGAUGGCUUCUUCAGUUUGUGGAGGGGGAACUCUGCCACUAUGGUACGAGUUAUCCCAUAUGCUGCCAUCCAAUUCUGUGCACACGAACAGUACAAAAGGCUGCUGGGAGGUUUCUAUGGGUUUCAGGGAGCAGCGCUGCCACCAGUUCCAAGGCUCAUGGCUGGCUCUAUGGCUGGAAUCACAGCGAGCAUGUUGACGUAUCCUCUGGACAUGGUGCGGGCCAGGAUGGCUGUUACGCCAAAGGAAAUGUACAGUAACAUCCUACAUGUGUUUGUGCGGAUCUCUCGAGAGGAAGGUGUAAAAACAUUGUAUCGAGGUUUUAACCCCACCAUUUUGGGUGUUGUGCCCUAUGCUGGUCUGAGCUUUUUUACCUAUGAGACACUGAAGAAAUUACAUGCAGAGCGCAGUGGGCGUCCACAGCCCUACUCAUAUGAGCGUCUGGCCUUUGGAGCGUGUGCCGGUUUAAUCGGCCAGUCGGCGUCUUAUCCUCUGGAUGUGGUACGACGGCGCAUGCAGACCGCAGGAGUCACCGGUCACACAUACGGCACCAUCCUCAGCACCAUGAAGGAGAUUGUAGCAGAAGAAGGGGUCAUCCGUGGACUCUACAAAGGUCUCAGCAUGAACUGGGUCAAAGGGCCCAUGGCUGUAGGAAUCAGCUUCACCACGUUUGACCUUACUCAGAUUCUCCUGAAGAAGCUGGAUAAUGCUACACGGCUCAAUAGCAGCAAGUAGGAGAAGGAAACGGGGAUGGCAGGAUGUGGAGAGACGAUCCCCACGCACCCUCUGAGGUGAAACAGAGGGGGAAGUGACAGCAGAACGAGUGUGUACUGCUGAAAACCUUACGCACACACUGGCUCAGGAUGCGUGGGUAAUAUUAAACUAUUCUCUCGCUUUAUCUGUGUGCAAAAGGGGGAUGCGCAAUCCCUGUGUGAGUUUAGUGGAUGAUACAGAGACCCUGUAUGCAUCUAAGUGCAAUAUAUGCUCAAUGAUUUUAUGUGUGUACACAUAAAUGGAAAUGCUCCCGCCCUUGCGUACAAGGCCUGUGAGUAUAUUUGUCUGACUUUGGAGGUUCGCACACGCUGAGGUCGCUGCCUUGUGUGUCAGCUGAAAACUGACACCUUCCAAUGCAAUGCAAGUUGCCACUCAUUUAUUAUCAACUAUUACGAUGCAAAUUAAGCCCCUUUUAGAUGCGUAUUGUUGCAAUUGAAUUUGCUUUAAGAAAUUAUACCAAAGGUUAGGAUGUGAGGCAGCUUCAGAUCAUAUGAAGUAACUGGUGGUUGUAUAUUUAAGCACAAAUGUAUCGAACACAGAGGUAACAGCUUUGUUACUGCCGUGAAAUCAUUCAUCAGUUGUUGGAUAACAUGUCUCCAUGACUUUCUAAAGUUGAAAUCCACCGUUUUAUUGUAGUUUAUAUUGUGAGAGCAGACAAAAGAGCUAUAUUUGUAAUGCCUGUGCCAACAGACAUGAGAACUCCAAAGUGUCCAUAUUGUUUUCCGUUUGCUUUCACUGUAAUUGUGAAAUGCUUUGUGAAAUCUAGAAAUGUUGAUAGACAUUUUGACUUUUCAAUUUUUGACAGAGGAAAUUUCACUGGAAGAAAGACGCUGACGACAGCCCAACAGUUAAUACUACCUUUAUUAAGUUUACAGUUUUACAUCAACACCUUUUCACUGGUGUUUCCGCUCAUGUGUAGUGGUACUGUUUUAGGUUAGAAUAUGUUGAGAAGCACAUCUACUUUUCUGUUGAGGUCAUGUAUUUUUCUGAUGGUAGAUACAGUCAUGCGAAUAUCUUGUCUUCCAUUUGCGGUCAGUAGCUGCAUAUCGACUCUGCUGCCAUUCACACCUGUUUUGUUUAAAUUUUGCAGAGAUACUUGUUCAGAUGUAAAAAGUCACGGCUAGAAUACAUUCUUUUCUUUGAGGACCCAUUGUAAAACUAGCAGUUUUACUAAUGGAUUAACUUGAGAGAGACAAUGUGAGUGCUCUGAUAUAGGAACAUAAACAAGUUCUCAGUAUUAUACCUCAGCUCUGCCCAUAAGCUAAGCUUCAUAAGCACAUUUUUAUGAAGCAGUGUCAAAUAAAAGGUCUUAGUUGAACACUUUGACAGUAUUGAUUCAGGCUUUCGGCCAUUUGAGUGUGUCAAUAGUUUCUAUACUUAGACAGUGCAUACUGAAAGGCAGGAGGGCUGAGCUGAAUGAGCAGCUGGGUGCAGAUCCAAGUGGAGCAGAGGGCGGCAAAGUGUUGACCUUAACAGAAUAAAGCAGCACGGAUUCUCUGUUAAACUGGUGUGAGCAUCGCAGACAAAACCCGACAGCUGAAAUAGGAAAGCACGGGCAUUAAUGAGACAUAUGUUAAUCAUUUAAAUGGUCUUCAGAUGAAUUCCUGUCAUAACAACAGGAAUUUUAAAAAGAUGUGUGUGCUCCUACUAGUACAGAAACACCCAUAUAUUUGCUGUGUUAUUUUAUACAGACUAGCCAACUUGAUGAUCAAAAAUAAUCUCUCAUCCUUCUGUUUGUAAAAGUAACCAAUAGAAAUACAUUAUUAGAACAGUAUAUUAAAAGCUGAGUAAAGUACUGAUAAAAUUGAAAGCAGUGUUGAUGAGUAAGGUUGGAUUGUGAAGCGGUUAUUACCUUUAGUUUAGCAGUGAAAUGAUGGAAGCUCUGAAGUGUUUGUAUCUGUUUGCAGGUUUUCAAAGCAGGAACCUCAAGUCCACAGCUUUAGAUUUGACAAACACAAUGGAUUCUUCUUCCUUUACCCUUUUUUUUUUAUUAUACGACUUUUGCGUUCUGUAUUUGAGACAUUGCUGCGGACUGUGAACACCUCUGCCGCUGCAUUUUUCUGUUUUAGUGUAAAGCACACCAGCAGAUUACGAAUGCACAGAUAUAUAUCAGCCAAAUAUCAGCCUUGGCUGAUACUGGACUUGUUGACUGACAUCAGCUAUUUUUCAAACAUGUAACUGAAUUUGUUCCUGUUCAAAGAUAUUGUAAUAAUGGCCUUAGUGACUUUAAAACAGAUCUAUUAUUUUAUAUAAUGAAGCACAAAUGGGGGAAAAAAUAACAAAUACAAAAAUGACUCA